AUGGGCCGUGACCAACCGAGAAGCUUCGCCGACGGCUACGUGAAGAUCGGCGGGAAGGCUGGGCCUCCCCCAAACGUCACCCGUCCACAACGGGCCAAGACGAAGGAGAAGAAAGAGACGAAGAAGAGCAACUCACCGUCCACGCAACCCCGGGCACAGCCGGCAGGGGACGCACAGGCGGCGACGACCUCCAACGCAACGCAAGGCGCGCGCCCGCACACGGACGCGGAGUGUGCCGCCCAGCGUGACGAGACGACAACCAGCAAGACGCCUGGCGGCCAGCAACGGUCGCAGUGGCAGUUCAAAACGCACAGCUCGACGACAUUCGGCCCGGACGCGGCACAGCCCCGUUUAUUCGCCGAUGUCGUGAGCGGAAGACAAGCCCGACAACCGGGACGCCGACAUGGCGACGCCCCGACAGAGCCCGAGAUGCUCGCGAUGCAUGAGUACUGCAAGGUGCCGCAGCCCGCGCGUCUCGAGAACUGGCGGCGCGCUACGCCCUACGAAGCAAAGAUUCUCUCAUGUGUGCUCGAUGGCUCGCUGCCACUCGACUGCCCUCCGGAGUUUCUGUACCAAAUUUUACGCCCCACAGCGCUCGCUCUCUUCUGGAAGCACAUGCGCUACAACUACGGACAUGUACAGUUUGGCGUGCCGCCGAAUGCCAACUUGCAACCCUCUAUGUCAAGCGCUGCUCUCUGCCGACUCUUUGUGUCAAAGCUUGCCAACGACCCGUACGCAGCCGGCCUAUGUGAAGCGUUGCGACGUGACAUCCACACGGCGUGGGUGUCGGACGACGGCCGCCUUGUCAUCUUGUCGUUCAACUCCAAGGCCAAAGCUGCGAAAUGGCGUGGUGAGACGGUACCGUUCCGUGGCACGGUCGUGACGCUGAUGCACCACCGACGCCCGCACGAGCCAGAGUCCGACUUGGAUACGGCGGACGCACAAGAGCUGACUCAAUACACGUUUCGGCUGCUGAACGUCCCGGCCCGCUUUGAACCUCACCACCUCGAUGCGCUCUUGGGCUCGAUGGGCGUGUCGAUUGGGAAGCUCGCACUCGCCCAUCAUCGGGGACAUGGCCAAGCCGAUACGAACAGCUACACGGUGGUUACCGCCAGCGAACGCGUGCCGCGCCGGCUCGAGGACAAGUCGGCCAUCAUCCUCGGGAUGCAUCGUAUCCAAAUUUGGCAUUACCAACGGUAUGGCAACAUGCCGUGCCUCACGUGCGAUUCGCUCCGACACGAUCGGACGUGCUGCCCGGCAACCAACCCCGAUUACAAGGUCUCCGUUCACGAUCGACUGGACCACACGAUUGUCGUGGACGACGACAAAUGGGUGGAGCUGGCCAAAACGGAAACGACUGCCGAUACAGUGACCCAAGAUUUCCAUUGCUGGGAGAACAACCACCAUACCCAAGAGCCGACUGCGGAGGUGCAGACGACAUCCACACGUUUAACGUCCACGCGGCCGACCCAAACCCAUGCCACAGGCGCGGCCUCGCAAUGGACGGAGCACAAGACCGGCGGCAGCACCGCGGCGACGCACGAUCCGGCAGAGGACUCUAAGGUGGCGACUGAGGCGACGACUCCGGCAUCGGCAGACGCGUCGCCUCCAGCUUGUCGCGACGACAUCGACGAGUCGAUGGACGCCGAGGCAACCCCAGAGGCGUCGGAUGACCUAUCCGGCGAGAUGUCUGAGGACGCGCCCAUGAGCCAACAGGAUGAGCCCGAGAACGAGCCCGAGAACGAGCCUGAGGUCAAGGACGUGCCCGAGGUCAAGGCCACGUCGGAGGUCAAGGACGUGCCCGAGGUCAAGGCCACGUCGGAGGUCAAGGCCACGUCGGAGGUCAAGGACGAGCCCGAGGUCAAGGCCAAGCCCGAGGUCAAGGCCACGUCGGAGGACGAGCCCGAGGUCAAGGCCACGUCGGAGGUCAAGGCCACGUCGGAGGUCAAGGACAAGCCCGAGGUCAAAGACAAGCUCGCGGACCAGCCAACGGCAGCCCCGAAGUAUGUGCGGUCGGGCAAUCUGCAGACGAUCCUCCAGCCCACCGAUUGGGUCAAGGGCUCGGUGGCGCCGAAUGGACAAUGCCUCUUUGCCGCUCUGCACCGCUUGCUUUACGCCAACGGUGCGACGGCCGGGCCAGGCGCAAAGACAAAGGCUGCACCGGACGCCGAGAACAACCUGAAGACACGCAUGUACGCGGCGUCCGCGCAUCCCGACGUGCUCGAGCUUUACCGUGCGACGAUGCUCCUGGGCGGUGCGCAGGGUCCUCUGGCAAAAGCCACGACUCCAAGCGAGUACCGGAAGACUUACUACCAGUACAUGCGGGCACGGCCUCUGGCGCGCACAGUGUCCGUGGACUACUGGGGCGGGGCGGCCGAAAUCGCCUCGGCGGCCCGGGCCUUCCAGGUGACCAUUCACAUACUCGACGCAUGCUCCUCGGACAAGACGAAGUGGCAACUGCUGCGGUACUGCUGGCGCGACGACGCGCUACACAAGGAAAUGGUACCGACACACCAAUGGGACAGCGUCUUCGAUCGCGCAGGGUCCGCCGGGUGGGUCCUACUGCUUGACCAGGACCACUACGAACCACUCUUCCCGCCCGAGCCUGCCUCCAACCCCGCCUGGGCGCGGCGGCGCCAGGCUCUCCACACGGCGCAGCCAACGCUCGAUGAGGCACGAUGGGAUCCAGCAGCACCCUUGACACGGGCGCAGCUCGUCAACCGGCGCCUUCAAGACGAAGCCGCGACUCCACCGUCAAUGGAUCUCGUGACGAACGAAGAUUUCAGCGCGUUCGUCUUUGCCCACCCGCGAGACGCUCGACUGGCGAUGUUCCGGCUCGGCUGGCCCGAGCUUCUUCUGCAUGCCUGCGCGCCGACGACCCUGACGACGUUUGGCCAGUACUGGCUCCACCAGAUCUACUUGGAGGCCUUACGGGGCAUUGCGGCACGGCGCCGGGAAGCGCUCAAGGUCGCCAACAAGGAUGCGGACACGACGCACGAUCUCGCAAUCACGUGGUACGAGAAAGUGGCCGAUGAGACGGGUGAUUUGGGCCGCAAGGUCACACUUAUCACGAACUGCGACCGCUGGAUGGCGCUUGCCAAGGAGUACCCACAAGACGAAACGGUGCGCCUCGUUCAGACGCUGCACGGCUGCUGCUCGCGCAAGGAUCAAGUGUGGCUUGCCAUCUUCGUCGCGCUCGUGGACGAUAUUGGCAUCGACCCCACCGACCCAAUGCCGACUCCUUCGCUGGAGAUGCUGGUACACGCCGCCUCAGACGAUGCCUUGCGCACGGCAGUCGUCGACGUCCGCACGAGUGGCUCGGGAGCGUGGGCACGGGUCCGGGAUCUCGUGGAUCGGGUUGAAGGGGCGUGGCUACACUGGGGAUAUCCGCAGACGGGACCUCCCGAGCUGUGGUAA